UUCCAAAGUCGGCCAGGUCUGCGGUAUCGAUCAUCUCGGGACUCGACCCAGCUCUUGGGGUGGCCAUUGCGCUCGGUACCCGUGGUGUGUUUGCUCCAGAGUUUGCUCUCGACCGGGUUGAUAAUCCUGCGCUUGGCAAACCAGCACUUGGUAACCCGGCGCUGGUUAAUCCUGCGCUAUUUAAGCUGUAGGCGCUUCCUCCUGUCGUCAAGCUCGGUGUGUUUGGGCGGUUCGUCGUGUCGAUACUGAGAGUCGCAGCACUGUGACUCCUGUCACGCCUCAGCAGGAGGCUCUCUGGUUGGGUGGACGCCCCGAUACUCGCGGCAUCGCUGAGAAGACCAAUCCGUUCGCUGUCGGUACUAUUCGCCCGGAUCCUAGUCCCAUCUGCCCUUGCAACUCCCAAGUCGCCAUACGCGACAGUACUCACCGCUCGCGCUCUCGUUUCCUUCAACCGCUCGUGCUCGUUCCUCAGCUCCUCAAUUUCCACCGUGUUUAUCGCCGCCACGCUUCGACCCCGUUCCCUCAACUCCCGCAUAGCUACCACAUCGUUCGCCUCGCGCGCUUCCCGUCGUAACCGCCGCCUCUCCUCGCGAUCGGCUAGUUGUCGACGUCUUGCCGCCCGAAUCUGAUAGAGAGCUUCCAUUUCCUGUUCGCGCAACUCCUCCUCUUGCUCGGCCGUCGGCAUCUCGACGACAACAUCAAUACCAUCGCGCUCGCCCUCCCUGCCCAGAACCUGCUCGUUUUCUGUCGCUUUGGGUCGGUACACUGGCAAUGUCAUAACGCUGCGAACUGAUGUGGACCGAUCGACCGCCGCCAAGUUGUUGUUGGUGGUGCCAUUCUGUGCUUGUGCGCCAGCCAAUGCGUCCUCCAGGUUAUCCUGGGCCUCUCUAUUGAUCUGUCGAGUUGUCGGAGAGUCGUCCUCUCGCUCUGUUGGUUUGUACUUCCCGCCUCGAGGUCCAAGGCAUUUUCUCCAGAGGGACCGGGUGCAGAAGUAUAUGAUGAUGAGGGCAAAGAUGCCACCGAGAACAGCGCCUACGAUCUGAAGAUGGCGGAGACGGUAAGAAUGAGACUAAAGAAUCAAGGCUGUUUGGGUGGGAAAAGCCUACCUGUGCUUCUUUGGAAGGCUGCUCCCUGGUUUUCCGAGAAAGCAAUCUGCGAGAUUCAUCUUGACCGACUGGCAGCGUUACAAAGAUCGGUAUUCGAAGCUGCGGAGGCAUCCUCCACUAUUUUUUCAGUCUCCAAGCGAACCGAGUGAGCCCAACAGUGAUACACGGUACAGCAGAAUAUCCAAAAAGAAACGUCGUCGAUUAUGCCUUGCUACGAGAUGCAAAGGGUGCUCCGCAUUGUACUCGUUCCCGAAGUUGCGUCUCUCCGAUCCAAAAAGCUCGUGCCUAGCGGAUGGUUCGCUCUCAGCUCAGCUCCCACAAGGCGGAUUCGUCAACAAUGGCUUGGCUCUUGAUGCGGGGAAUCGGCGUUACCCCAGACCAAAGCGGAGGAAGUCUUGGGUGAGGCGGACGUUGACGUUAUUGAUGAACUGGCCGUCCUGGUGAACCAGUGAACCAAAGCAGGUCAACAGAAUGAAGAAUGGCGAUGAGGAGUCGACAGAAACCGAAAAGCGCAAUCCAAACCGGCGGCAAAGGGUUGGGUGCUUUCAUCUGCGACAACAAGGCACCUGCAAGCCAAGGCUGGAUGCUCAUUGCGGUAAGGCUGGGCUGAAAAUGCACAGGGGCUGGCCACUUAACGCACCGUGGCCCCUGUUCCGCGCCGUUCACGCCUCGACCGAGGGCCCAGAUUUCCCCACGUUGCUGUCUCACACAGCAACUGGAACCUCUGUUCUGGGCUGUCCGUUGGUGAUGGUAACCGGGCCGUUGAAUUGCAUCUCGGAAGUGUGCCAGCGGCGCUUAUCUCUCUGCGUUACUCGCCAUGAACGUCUCACAUCAGAUUCCAAUGUUGGGUCGAAUUGAGGAGGGAAGAUACGAUAUCUUUGACUCUUUGUACGAUUGAUUGACCGACCCGGAUUUCCUCAGGCGGGGGCAGGGUACACCUCGUGUUUGCUCGCCCGCAGCUACCGCUCGCGAUGGGGUCAGGUAACCCUCAUCCAACUCUGGCUCCGGCCGUCACUACAUAAGGUACAAUGACUGUGCAUGCAGGUUUGUCAAAGGCAAUGUCGAUCUCGCUUCAGCCCAGUUCCGUUUCAGCUUCUGUACGAUUUCAAGGCACCUCAGUUUCACCAACAAUGCCUGCCGUUUCUGCGAACUCAAAAUCAAAAGCCUCAUUUUUUUCUUCACUUAUUAUCCAGAUCUCAGAGUUGGAGAACCAGCCGCCGAUGAUGCGCCAAGUCUGGCGCUAGCAUCACUGCUAGGGAAAUCCCGACAACGCUAAAUCUGUUUCCCAGCCACAGACAUCGACAACAAUCAACAACACCGAUGGAGACUUGGAGAAAAUGGAGAUGUUUUUGUUGUCAUGAGAACGGUUUUGUGGAAACUGACAACCGGCAAAAGGCUUCCAAUGCUACCUCACCACAUCUGCGAGAGCUGGACGAUCACGGCAUCAUCGUCGCAAGCGGGGGUUGGAAGGACCUCUGCCGUGUGGCUGGGCCGCUGAAUAGCAUCCAUCCUCUCACAGCGUGAGAGAGAACCUGAGGGCGACUUUGCCGUUGACAGCGCCACAGCACAGCAGAGGAUCUCCACAACAUGUAUCACGUAUCGAAACUUCCAUCUGGAUCUUUUCGUCGUUGAAGAAGCCGCCUUUCUGCCAGGUCUCACAAAGCCUGAUCACUGAUCGGCAUCUCACCAUAUUCUGGUGUCCCUGACAGUCUGGAAGGCAGGCAGGUCUCAGAUCACACACCAUCAUCUGUUGAAAGCGGUCAGCCCGGGCAGGCGAUGAGAUUUUCCUUGUGGCCCAUCCUUCACGGCCGCCCGGCAGUGAUCCCAACCCAGAGUCGUGGGACCGAUGUGAGCUUCAUCCAUCAUCAGAUGGUGACAUUGACCCCAACCGAACACCAGGUUGCAGUGAACGGAACUUGGUCAGACCAGUUGCGGCGCGGUCGGCUGCCAGCCAAUGGCACUGUAUACACACACCCGCCAUGUCGGCAAGGCCGUUGGGUUUUUGGGUAUCUACAGAUUACACCAAACCGUUGCAAUGGGGGCGAUCCGUAGGUCCAGGACCUAGUUUCAACCCCUUUCCGCUUCGUGGUAUUGACAGCAGGAUCGACUGUGUUCUUUGACAAGUUUUGCCGAGUCAGAACUUGCUCUCAUCAAAUGUCCCAGCAGGGGGUUGCGUGGCCUGUGGAUCUUGGGCGCGUGGUGACAGUUCACUUCAAUCCCUCUGUGGUAUGAUAAUUAGUGAGAGGCUUGUGAAAGCGUAUUGUAAUGUUUCACGUCGACCUAGAUCUCACUUGUACAUUGACAGACUUUACACUGUGCUCACUUCGCAUAUGGCCGGUUACAGGGCCAGCAUUAAAAUCAAGCACUGUGAAGCCGGUGCCGACAGCCCAACACCGAACCCCACCUUUCCCGAAUGCGGCCGAUUUCAGGGACCGGGCGGCCGGAUCGGCAGGUGGGGCCCACCAAUAUCUCGGCUUGUUAGCACAUGCCAUUGCAUCAUCCCUCAAAGCCGGGAGCUUUGAAAGCCAGCAUCAACAUCAACCCAUGUGAAUCCCCUCAGUUGUUAACAUGCGUGGAGUUGUGUCUUGUUUGCCUGUGAAACCUGCAUUGUUAUAUCGUCAGCCGAGCACCUCAUCUUCUUCCAGUUUGAAAUUUGUUGUCAGAACCCCGCCAAACCAAUUACAGCCGAGGUUGUUAACACCAACACUGUUCAACCAACAGAGGUCGCUGUAUUCCAAGAUGGCGACUCCAACCGCACCAGAGGAUCCAAUUGUGAAGGCGUUGCAAGAGUUCACUACUUGUGACGUCUCCGACGCCUUGAUCAAGCUCAAGUACCGCAAUGGCGGGUUCCUAUCCGGGCUGACGAUGUGGUCCCCUCAGAGACAGGACGGGGAUACAAAGAUUGUUGGGCCAGCGUAUACGGUCCAAUAUGUCCCGCUGGACGAUCCUAGGCCGAAGCAUCCGAGUCAUUAUAUCGACUCUGUCCCUGCGGGAGCGGUUAUCUUUGUUUCUUGCCCUCCCAAGACUCCAAAUGCAGUUUAUGGUGGAUUGAUGAGCACGAGGGCGAAGGCGAGUGGUGCCGUGGGGAGUGUGAUUGAUGGACGGUUUAGAGAUUUGCAGGAGCAGAGGGGGCUGGGGUUUCCGAUCUUUGCAAGGGAUGUCGGAACAGCGCCUCCUGCUGAGUUGCUCAAGGUGGCGGCGGUCAAUGUGCCAGUCAAACUGCAGACUGAUGAGCAGGACAUGACGAUCAGGCCGGGGGAUUACCUCAUUGGUGAUGUGAAUGGGGUUGUGGUGCUGCCCAAGGAGUUGGCGGAGCAGGCGAUUCCGCUGAUGAAGAAGCAGGUGGAGGCGGAUGAGAAGAUGGCGGUGGAGAUUGCGAAGGGGAUGAGCUUUUCGGAGGCGAGUAAGAUGUUUAGGCUUUGA